AUGCAAAAUGGGGGGUCCUUUUCUGCAGUUCCAGACUUCCAGUUGGCGCCCACGAAGGGGACUCUAAUUAUUCAGUUCCCGUUGUCCAGUUAUGCCCCAGUGUUGGCCCGUUGCGGUCAUGAUUUGCCUGUGUUGCUGCAAGUGCCGGGCGACAAAGCCAGCGAGAUCACAGCGGCAAGCACGCUGACUGGUUCCAUCGACGUCUCACCAACUGUGCUCUGCCAGUUGGGACGGCGCUACCAGACCCUUAAAGCCUUGGAAGACGCCCAUGACCCCCAAAGUGUCAAGAGACCAGCGCGUCUGCUGCAGAAGCCGGCGUUGAGGACAGUUGGUUGGUUGACCAGCGACGGGGAGCAAGACGUUAAAAACGCGUGAUUCAUCCCAGCCCUAGCCCUAACCUGCCUGAUCGGGCGCUGUCAAGGGAACCUGGGGGUAUGAAUUCCUUGAAACUUGAAACGAAACAGAACUUCCCAUGAAAACAACUUGAAACAUCUGUUCACCUGGCUCGCGCGCGGCAUGGGAACAUCCUGACCGACUGACGCGACGUGAGAGCUUAGCUAGCUUCUGACAUCCUCUUUUUGCUUGCUUUUCUCUCACCGUCUCCAGUCUGUUGCACGUCGAACGCUUUUCCAGCGCGUCAGCCAGUUCUAUUGGUUAAGGUCGCUGUUUCGCUCCCUUGAGAAACAUGUUUCAUCUCUGUCGAAACUCCUGAAUCGGCCAUCAGCAGUGACUCAUAUCCUGUCCACCAGUGCAAGCAAAAAAGAAGAAGAGGCUUUUCAAUUCUUUGGUGGUAAUCUGUCUAUCUGCUGUCAGCGUAUCAGCAUAGAGCAUUCAUUCAGCAGAUGAUCAUGGAGUUCAUCGCGUCCUCAACUUUUGGCUGCGCGCCCCCUCCCCGUCCUCUCACAGCGCAUCCUGAGACGAGUUUCAGGAUUUUGGCUGGGAGGGGAUAUCAAGUUUAGCGGCGUGGUAGGCUGCAGAGAGAGAAAAGAUCCCAAGUGACAUACGGACACCCAAUGCACCCCCCCAAGAAGCGGUCAAGAAGGGAUGUGUUUGUUUACUCUACGCCAAGCGAUAGGAAGACGAGACACAUCCGUGGACAACGACUUCUUCAGGAAUAUGUUGUAGUCAGAAACUGUUCCGCUCAGGACCAGGAAAUGAAGGCACAGAAUUCACGCGUCCAUCACAGAAUCUCGAUGUCUAUUAUCUAUCUAUUCUACGUCUUCUGCUACAGUGGAUAAAAUUUAGCUGACAUUAUGUUCACAAUGAGAUUGCAACCGUACCAUCCCAUCCCCCUGGUAUCUCCUCACUUCGUCCUUCGACAUCAUCCAAUAUCAACACCCCAGUUUUCGCUCAUGCACGUCAUGUUUUCUUCUUUUGUCAUGGACUGGAAGAAGACGUAAAAGACAGAAGAAAGGCGUUCGAAGUUCAAAGAAGGAAAAAACCAAAAUGAAGCAAGAAGAAAAUAAGAGAGGAUAGAAAGCAAGAGCAUAUGUGAAAAUUUCCUAGUACUAACUAAUUUUAUUUCCUUUUCCGCGCCGCUCUAUCGUGCUUCUGGUUGAAAAGAAACGUUUGGAAAUAUAGUUUGUUAGCUAUUAUUUUCUCCGCAAAGUUCUAAUCAAGAAGCAAAAGGGGAAGACCUAAAGUAGGGAUAACGAUAACGAAAAGGGAACAACAAGGACGAAGUAGAUAAAGCAGGAAAAAAAGAAGAAAAAAAAUCUAUCUCUGGGGAAUUUUUUUUCUUUUCGUGCAAGAUUAUUAUAAAAAGGGGAAACAGAAGAGGAUCAUGGAUUCAUGGAUGGAUUUGAGGGGAGAAAAAAAAGGCACAGAACAGAUAUAAAAUGCGAUUUCAAUUCCCCCCUCCAUUCAUCCUCAUCCUCAUUAUUCCUCGUCUUCAAUCAUCCGUCAUUUCCAUUCCCAUAUCCCUGCGUACUAGUUACCCCGUUCCUUUUCCCUUCCCGAGGUAAAAUAAUUAUUAUA